AUGUCCGACACCGAAGCGCGCCCCGAGGAGGAGCGUCCCGCCGACGUGCCUGAGGAGGACGGCAACGACGAGGAGGACAUUGCCGCGAUGAAGAAGCGCGUUCAAGAGAUGGAGGCCGAGGCGGCCAAGCUGCGCGAGAUGCAGGCGUCGCUGGACCAACAGAGCACCGACUUGCGCGAGAACAAAGAGGACAUUGACGCCCGCAGCGUUUUCGUCGGCAACGUCGAUUACGGCGCGAGCCCCGAGGAGAUUCAGGCGCACUUCCAGAGCUGUGGCUCCAUCAACCGCGUCACCAUUCUCCUCGACAAGUUCACCGGGCAUCCUAAGGGGAUCGCCUGGGAUGUGGAGCGCGCGGCGCCUUCAGCAUUCCCGCGAAGACGAGCGCCGCCUGUCCCACCGUCCGAAGCUGCAUUCCUUGCGCUGUUCUUUUCCGUAUCUAUCACUGAAAGAUCUUCGCUACCUGGCAAGAGCUGCGCAGCAAGAGUCGGAACGCUAAUGGGCGUAUGCAGGUAUGCGUAUGUGGAGUUCACUGAGCCGAGCCUCGUUGCUCAGGCUUUGGUAUUGAACGAGAGCGUGUUCCGUGGUCGCAACCUCAAGGUUGUUCCCAAGCGCACCAACCUCCCGGGCAUGACAAGAGGCCGCGGUCGUGGUGGCAUGCGUGGUGGUGGUGGUCGCGGUGGCUUUGGUCGCGGCGGAUACGGCGCUCCUGCGCCUCGUGGCGGUUACCGCGGUGGUUACCGCCCUCGUGGCCGUGGCUAUGCUCCCUAUUAG